GUCACGUGAGCAAUGCCCUUCCCGGCUGACUCUUCACUCCUGCAAGGCUUGUAUAGUGUCUCUCAGUGGUAACCAAACAUCAAACAUGGCAAAAGCAAAUGUUGGCAUCAAUGGAUUUGGCCGUAUUGGUCGUCUCGUGCUACGAGCUGCCCUCAAGAAAGGAACAGUCAAUGUAGUAGCUGUCAACGAUCCUUUCAUUGCUCUGGACUACAUGGUGUACAUGUUUAAGUACGACUCCACCCAUGGUCGGUACCCAGGAGAAGUGAAGGCAGAAGGCGGCAAACUGGUGGUGGAUGGCCACGCCAUUACUGUAUUCCAAGAGAGAGAGCCUGAAAAAAUUAUGUGGGGGAGUGCUGGAGCCGAGUAUGUAGUAGAAUCCACGGGUGUUUUCACCACUGUGGAAAAGGCAAUGCCUCAUAUUGCAAAGGGCGGAGCAAAGAAAGUGGUGAUCUCUGCACCCUCAGCAGAUGCACCCAUGUUUGUGAUGGGCGUCAAUGAAGGAAAAUACGACCCCAGCAUGCCUGUCAUUAGUAAUGCUUCCUGCACAACAAACUGCCUGGCUCCCGUAGCCAAGGUGCUUAACGACAAGUUUGGCAUUGUGGAGGGACUGAUGACCACUGUCCACGCCUACACGGCCACACAGAAGACUGUAGAUGGACCAAGUGCCAAGGACUGGCGCGGUGGACGUACAGCUGCUACAAACAUCAUCCCCUCUUCCACUGGUGCUGCCAAGGCUGUAGGCAAAGUUAUCCCAGAACUCAAUGGUAAACUGACAGGUAUGGCAUUUCGUGUGCCCGUGGCCAAUGUUUCAGUUGUGGACCUGACAUGCCGCCUUAAGGCAGGGGCUCCAUAUGCUGACAUCUGUGCUGCCAUGAAGGAGGCUUCGGAGAGUUCACUGAAGGGAGUGCUAGGCUACACCGAGGACAUGGUUGUCAACUCCGAUUUCAACGGAGAUGAGCGCAGCAGCAUUUUCGAUGCCAAGGCUGGAAUCUCCCUGAAUGACAACUUUGUCAAGGUCGUCUCCUGGUACGACAACGAGUUUGGAUACAGCUGCCGAGUGGUGGACCUCCUAGCAUACAUCCACAGCAAGAAAUGAACCCCUCUAGCCGUCACCUCCAAGAUUUAGACAUUUCUCAGUCAUUUUAUUUCAGCCCUUCGCAAAUGGGACCCAGCGCCAAGGAAUUUUGAGAUCUUUUUUUUUUUCUGCUACCACAGACUUGUCUACAUGGUAACAGAAAACCAGCCACUCUUGUUAUGCCAAUAUUGUGAAAACGUGAAUUUUUUUUUUUUUUUAAUUAUAAUUUUCUUGUGCCAUCUUCAUUUGUUUAUUUCAGUUGACUUUUUAAAAGAAGGGUUGUAGAUAAUAGCCUGUAGAAAAUUUUGUCUUGUCUUGUCACAAUUAUUACCCUUUUUUAAGCGACUAUGGCUACCCAAUUACUUCCCAACCAUUAAGUGAGAAUUUUGGAUUGUUACCACAAAUAUCGUGGACUCUAAAAAAGUAACUGCUAGACACCAUCGCUUGACUUUCUAGAAAUACACUACCGCAUAAUACUAAGAACAAAUCGGGUGCUGCCAUCUACUUGUAUACUUAAACUUUGUCACAGUGAAUUAAGCAAAAUACAUAUUAUAAUGCAUAUUGCCAGUCAUACAUUGGAGAUAUUGGAUCAGGAAAUUCCUGGAAAAUCUUUAUCUUUUAUUGAUUUAGUAAGACAGUAAAUAUUUGUAUCACAAUAAUUGUCCAUUAUAGGUCUUAAAGACCCGUUCCUGUUAUCAGUUGAAAUUGUUUGCACUGAGAGUGAAAGGGUUUGAAUAGAUUUAACAGAGAUACUUUGUAGGAGUUGAACAAAGUUGGUUUUUGGUUUUGUUUUUUCAAACCGUAGCUAACAGUGUAAUUAUUGAAGUUAAUGUGUGCGUUGGUUGGCCUUUCGGCAGGCACCAAACAAUACUGGAGGGGGAACUGGCUUAAAACUCAUUAAAAUGUUUUAAACAUUUUGA